GCUGAGUCUCCUGGGAGGGGAAAGGGUGGUGAGAGGGGCAGCCUGCAAGUAUGUGCAGGCCCCUUUGCAGCUGCUAAUGGACCCAGACCUCAUCCUGAAGGACAGGCAUGAAGCUGGGAGGGCCACCGCGGGUUUGCCCUGUGGCCACACAGCAGGGGCCAGUAGGCAGCCCCCGGGAGCUGAGAACAGCUCCUGCUGGCCCUCGGUCCUACAAGCACCAGGACAUGACUUCUGCUAGCAAUCGCAUGAGGUGGAAAGCAAUCCUUCCCCAGUCCAGCCCCCAGAUGAGAACACAGCGGCCGACCUGAGCUGAGGACCCAGCUAAGCCUGGCCUUCUGGCCCACAGAAGCCUUGAGAUAACAGGCGGACGUCGUUUUAGGACACCCAGUUUGCGGGUGGGCAGCGUGUAGAGAAGUGAGUCAUUCCAGUCUCUGCCAGUUGGCACCUGCCAGCCUGAGUUGAAUCGACAGGACCAUUAUGGAGAAUGUUCCCUGAGCACAGUAUGUGACCAGGAUCUGAAGAUAAAAAAGACAUGAUCCUCACCUUCAGGAGCCCCUGCCACCACCAAGAGGAUGGUGGCCCUUGGCCUCCUGGUGCAGAGCAUCAGUCCCGCCCUGGGAGUGUGGAGAGAUGUGUGGGAAGCAAGCCGUUCUUGAGGAAGUGGGGCCAACAGAGAAGUCAGCAGCCCCUUAGCCCUCACGCUUCCAAGGAACAGAGCGAUGGAGAAGCCUGCAGGCAGAAAAAAGAAGACGCCGGCCCUGAGGGAAGAAGCAGAUGUGCAGAAGGGCGUACUCCGAGAGGAGAAGGCGUCCGGGGACAGAAAGCCACCCGAGGGGCCCACGGUGCCCAGGAAACCCCGCACCGAGCCCCGCCUGAGUCCUCAAGACGAAGAGCACAUCUUUGAUGCCUUCGAUGCUUCAUUUAAAGAUGACUUUGAGGGGGUUCCCGUGUUCAUUCCUUUUCAGAGGAGGAAACCCUAUGAGUGCAGUGAGUGUGGGCGGAUGUUUCAGCACAAGACAGACCACAUUCGCCAUCAGAGGACUCACACGGGAGAGAAGCCCUUCCCGUGUGUGCAGUGCGGGAAGGCCUUCCGGCACAGCUCCGACGUCACCAAACACCAGAGGACUCACACGGGAGAGAAGCCCUUCAAAUGCGGGGAGUGCGGGAAAGCCUUUAACUGUGGCUCCAAUCUCCUGAAACAUCAGAAGACGCACACCGGGGAGAAGCCCUACGAGUGCACGGACUGUGGGAAAGCCUUUGCCUACAGCUCCUGUCUCAUCCGCCAUCGGAAACGCCACCCUCGGAAGAAGCCCUGAGCUGGGGCCGUCUGUGGACUCAGGCCCUACAGUGC